ACAAUUAAUUAUUCAAGAGAUUGUAGGAGCAGUUAAUGAAGCAAACAAAUUGAAGAAACGUGCAGGUACAAUGGCAAUGGUUGCUGAAAGUGGUGCUGUAAAUUUAGCAAACACUUUUGCAUCAACAUUACAGAUGACUUUACAAAAUGCUGUGAAUGGCACAUUCAGAAGAGCCACAUAA